GUGUCCCUGUCUGUCUCUGUAUCUCCCUGUACCCGUCAGGUCCCUGCAGACGAGGUGUGCGGUUGUCCUCUGGUGAAGGACGUCUUUGAGCCGACAGGAGAGUUCUGUCGAGUGUCCAAGAGGAAGUGCAACAAACAUUACUGCUGGGAGAAACUGCGCCGCGCCGAGGUCGACCUGGAGAGAGUCCGAGUGUGGUAUAAGCUGGACGAGCUGUUUGAGCAGGAGAGGAACUUGAGGACGGCGAUGACGAAUCGAGCCGGUUUAUUGGCUCUGAUGCUGCACCAGACCAUCCAGCACGACCCAAUCACAACAGACCUGCGCUCCGCCAAGGACAGGUAGACAGACAGGGAGACAGAGAGACAGGGAGACUUGCGACGGUCAGCUCGUCAUUUUCAGCUCAGAAACCGUUUUGCGUCAGUUUUGUCGUGAAUCGUUUUCUCAUCAUUUUAACGUAAAAAUCUUCGUCACGUGACGGAGAAUCACAGAUGUUGUUUUCUGACAGUUUCUGUGGAGGUGAUCGGAUCAUUGAUAAUAACGAUAUUGAUGACGGUCAUCUUUCGUGUUUUAUACAGUUUUAUUCCCAAAGUGCGACACUACCACUGUUGCUAUGGAAACGUAUGUCACGUGAAGUGUAUGAUGUUUCGGAAAUGUAAGAAAUAUAUGAUCGCACGGAUGAAUACAGACAGAAUAUGGAAUGUUGAUUCGAUGCAAUACGUGUUUCAAAGUUUCAUUUAACAAAUCGUUUCACGAUACCAGCAAAAGAAAAAAAGACAAAAUGUUUUGUAUAAAAAUCAACAAAAAAUGUCUUGAAAAAAAGA